AUGGCUGCUGUUCUUCCAUCAGAAGAAAACAGUUAUUUUGCCACGUCUGGCCUGCGACGCUCACAUUCUCAUUUCAACUUCAUCUCUUCGGCUCCGCCAUAUUUCCCCUCUUCUCACCUGAGCGAGCAUUACCAGCCUGCUUCUAAGUCUUCUGCCGAACUCAACUCACCAUCUACUUCCUCGUCUCCCCAUACCGCCCAUGCCGACUUGGUCGGCCUCUCUUAUUCAUCUACUCCUACUACUAACCUCUCUAUUACCUAUGACUACGAUGCUAUUGGUCUUGUUGAAUUACCCGAAGGUAACUUCACGUUUCUAUCCUUUGCGCAGGAGAAGCUCUGCGUUCACCCAGAGAUCCGUCCUGAUACGCACUACGAUGACAACCUAGAGCUACCCCCAAGCCCCCGAGAAGGCAACUCUUAUGCUGUCUCUCUUGCAGAACACGAGAGCUCUGAGGAGGUCUCUCAUGAAACAUCAGGACCCGAAACACCGGAGCACGGAAAAUCCCAAUACGCAGAGGACGACACUGCAGUCUCAAGUAGGCCGUCGCGCCAAGUCGAUUACCUGUCCAAUGAAUGGAGAGAGGAAGAUAUCUGGUCCUCAUGGAAAUACGUUGUAACACGGAGGGGAGAGCUUCCCAACAGCGCUCGAUUGGAAAAUGCUUCUUGGAGGGCAUGGAUCAAGGCCAAGAACAACCUCAAGACCACCCCCCCCGAAUCCAUCAAUUGGCUCAAAGACUGUGAUGUCACCUGGCUCUACGGCCCUCUGCAGCCAGGACCAAAGAACCUCCACCCUACCUACACGGAGCCCUUGAGCAUGUCGCUGUCAAAUACCGACCCACUCCUCAACCCCAACAAGAAAUCCAUUCUGAAGAAGAGAAGAAUAUCUGAAGUUAUGUUUCAGCGAUCGCUGUUCACGGCCUCAUUAUUAAAGCAAGCCACCACAGCUGUGAAGGCCCAGGAGACCCAAGGAAUCCUCCGACUUUACCUCGGUCGUUCGUCAACAGACUGCUUCGCCUACCCAUUUGCAUCAUGUCGAUUGAGUGAAGAAAGAAAGAGCGUCGCUCCUUCGCAAGUUAAGCAGUGCAUAGCUGUUGAAGCGAAGGAUAAUGAAGACAUGAUCAAUGACCACUACAGUUUUGAUAGUGACUUAUAUCACGGGGUUAUGAUAAGGCGGGUCGGGGCAAAGAAGAGGCCCAUAUCCCGACGCAAGACUUUGAAGCCAGAGCUAGCAACUGAAGGAAAAACACUUGCGAUGCUGCCUUCCACUACCCUUAAAUACCGCGAAGACACUCCUGAGUCGCAAGAGACUGCUAUGAAGCAUGCCUAA